AUGGAUGCCUCGGCUAUUCUGUGUAAUCCAGACCUUUUGUCUAAAAUGUUGACGGAAAGCCAGUCCAUGUUAAUAGCCCAGAUGGACCCAUUAAGCUUGUCCUGGCUAAAAAAGUCGUUAGUUAAGAGAAUGAUGGAGCUAGCUGAUCUGCAGCAACCAGGUCAGUCUAAGAACUAGUUCGGUUCAAGUUUUACUAACUUUUAAAGUAAAGUGACUUCACUGUAACCUUUUACCACCUUUUUUAAAAUUAUUUUAAUAUGCUUUAACUACUGUACUUUUACUUACUGUAGCUGUUUUCAGACAUCUCUGUUGGCAAGACCUACCCUCGUGACUACCGUGCCAAGCACGCCUCGGCUAAAAGGAAACGUGCCCGUUCCAGCCAGUCCUCCACCUUGUCCAACUACGAGCCCAUGCCCACCAUCUACGAGGAAUCAGAUUCCGAUUUGGCUUCGAUUCAGUCGACGAUCCAUCGAUUCGGUGGUCUACACCUAAGCCCUUCCAACAACACUUUAACCACGGCAGCGUAA